AUGUGCAAGAGCCCUUUUAGUGUCAUACUUGUUGGGUGAUGAAGAAAGGUUCCAAUGAUCAUCCACCCCUAGCCCAAGAGCAACAUUUACUUUAAAAAAAGAUAAAUAUAAAUAAUUGUCGUAUUUAAAAAAAUAAAAAAUAAAAUAGAAUUGCCAUAUUAAACUACCAAUAAAGUUAGCCGGUAAAAACUUAUCCAAACCACAGACUGAAGAUAUAAUCCAAUUAUGAUUAAUUAAUAUUAUUAUAUUGAUGAGAGGUGCUCGCAGGCAACUUGUUUGAGAAAAUGGCUCUUCAGCUUCCUGGUUGUGUUGGGCGCUUCAAUUCAAUCACGUGCUCUCCACGUGCUCUAAAAGUCAAUAAUACUCUGUCACAACCCCGAAGCGACGGCGUGAAGUGGGUGGAAGCAACUUCCUCCUUCUUCGACCAAGACAAACGACCUAUCAUGUUGUUUGACGGGGUAUGCAACUUAUGUAAUGGCGGUGUUAACUUUGUCCGUCACAAUGAUCGGAAUAAGACAAUUAGAUAUGAAGCUCUUCAAAGUGAAGCAGGUAAGAUGUUACUUAAAAGAUCAGGAAGAGCUCCUGAUGAUAUUUCAAGUGUUGUACUUGUUGAAAAUCAUAGAUCAUACAUAAAGUCAGAAGCUGUGUUGAAGAUUAUGGAAUACAUAGACUUACCCUUUCCGCAGCUAGCAUUUCUUCUUCAAUUUGUGCCUCUGUAAGCAGUAGCAUUUUUUACAGGUUUGUCAGGGAUUUUGUUUAUGACAAUGUUGCAAAUAAUCGUUACACGGUUUUUGGUCGAUCUGAAUCAUGUGAAAUCUAGCACCAUCCUGGAAUGAAUACUAUUGAUAAGAGAAAUGUGUUAUAUUUGAAAACCAUGGUUGUUUCUUGUUAUCCUCAAAUCUUUCGGUUGAAGGCUCUAUGUACUAUAUAGCAUAACAGGUAAGCUUUAACUUGAUAUACUUUAUACAAGGAAAGAACAUCAAUUUGUAAUAAUAUCUUCUGUCACAAAUGGUUUGCAUUUUCAAUUCUAUAUAUCAGAAAACACUACCUAUUUCUUCAUUAGUUUCAUCAAAGAAUCAAUUAAAUUAAGCCA